AUGCUUGGGUCAAACAAGUCAUUCUUAUACAAAUACCAGUCCAGAAUACUGCUCAAGGGUAUUUGUCUUUGCAAGCGUUUCAAUUCUAAAUACAGACCCCCGAUAAGCUCGUUUUCAUACAUUCAUGAUGAUGCUUUAUCUGACAUUAGCAAGGAAGAGAUUGCGAAACACAUGCAAAACCUAGGCCCAUUCCCAAACUAUUCAAAUAUACUCAAUCCUCAACAUUUCUAUCAAAAUACUGUUUUACUAGAUUACCUGAAAAAACAUCCACAUCCAGUGUCGUUGCGACAAUUAGCUGGCUAUGGCAAUACAUUGACAAAACAAAAAAUUAUCAACAGUGCCAACUUUGUUCGCGUUGAGCUCCCUAUAAGGUUAGCAAUGAGGAUUCGUGAUCUACAGGUGUUGCCUUUUGGGGUGGUGAACAAUUUUCAUUUGGCACAAAUUUAUGAAAGUUAUUAUCAUCUGUUUAAUGCAUUUCGCAAGAUUGGCAAGAUCAAUACAGUCGAAGAUAAUGAGAAAUUUUGCGCAACUUUGUCAGCAUUGUUGGAUGAUCAUACAUUCAACUUGUCCCAUUUAAUGAUGGGGGCUUUGGAGGUGUCAAUUGCUGAAAGUCUCCCACAAGAGCAAUUAGAUUCGUUUAUGAGCAGUAUGUUAAGAUCAAGAAUCAGUAGAAGGCUCAUUGUUGAGGAGCACUUGUCCUUGAGUGAAAAUUAUCGCAAGAAGCCGUAUGAUAAAAAGCCGCCGCAUUACCUCGGUGAGAUUUUUCAAAACUGUAAAGCUGUUGAUCAUUUCAAUAAUGUGGCAGAAAUGGUUAAGGAAUCGUUGUGCCAUCAGUAUUCCCAAGCUAAAUUACUACCCAGAUUGCAGAUAGAGGGUGAUCUUGAUUGCCAACUCCAAUUCAUGGUGCCCCAUUUGCACUAUAUGUUGCACGAAAUUCUUCGCAAUUCUUUUGAGGCGACAUUGAACUCCUCAAAGGGGGAAAAUUUACCCCCAGUUAAAGUGACUAUAAUCGACCUGAAACAAGAUGUCAUCUUUAGAAUAUCGGAUCAAGGAGGAGGACUUCAUCACGAUAAAUUAAAACUGAUUUGGUCUUUUGGUAAAUCCCCUGAAUUGGCAAGAAAAAGUUUAGCUAAUUUUCACCGCAUACCCGGUCUACAAUUGUAUUCAAACUUACAGGUCACUGAAGCGGGCUCAUCCAUUGUGACACCAAAAGCAGCUGGAACGAAAGGCGAUGCCGCAGAGUGGACUUUAGGAAACAAAAGAUCCACUUUGGAAGAUCUUAUGGCGAGACCUCAUGAAUACAAGUUGGGUAUGGGAUUGCCAAUGUGUUCUGUAUACGCUGAUUAUUGGAAUGGGUCUUUACAAAUGAACUCGUUGGAAGGAUAUGGUUGUGACACUUCGCUAACUUUGAAAAAAUUGGGAUACCACAGCAAUGUCAUACAACUUGAUAGGGCAUAA